AUGGCCGACAUCCCAAGAUCCGUUCUCAACAAGCUUGUCUUCUUCACAGCAUGCAUGAUCCUCUUACCGUUGACCUGUUUCUUCACCGCCCAAAUGUUCACUGACAAUACUCUCAUUUCCGGCGGUCUGGCUGCCUUUGUGGCCAACGUUGUUCUCAUUGGCUACGUCAUCGUGGCCUUUCUGGAGGAUGUGCCGGUCGACGAGAAGAAGGAGCAGUAA